UCGGAUUAUAGACCUAAUCGAAUUUCAAUUAAAGCCAAAAUUCCACCAGGAGGCGCACUUUCUCAAAAUGACAAAUGCAGUGUGCAAGUCCUACAACCAAUCGUGGGUGGUGGUUCAUUACUGCCGCCUGAAGGCCUAUUCCCGAUCCAAGACCAGCUUGAAUAUAAAUGCCACGUUAUCAGAGCCAGCAAAAAAUAUUUCAAUGCAUGCGAAAGCGAUGAAGAAGGCCAAUGGGUAUAAGCCCUUUUUGUAUGACUUCACGAUCGACGCCUGCGAAUUCAUGCGAAGGCGGAACCACCCAGUAGCCAAGAUAGUCUGGAACAUGAUCAGGAAUGUGUCCACCAUCAACCACACGUGUCCUUAUGAGGUGAGCCCGCCAAGAAAGUUUGAAUCCAUUAAUCCCCUAAAUCAUUUUCGGUCCUUCAGGGCUUGCAGAUGGUAA